GUCUCGGCCGGAUGUGGUGGCGAGGGGGCGGAAUGCGUCGGUCCGCGGGCGGGGAGGUGAGCUUUCGGGGUCGGAGUGAGGGACUGGAGGCCUCCCGGCUGGGUCAGUGUAAUCUGAAGGGCGAUUCUCAUCACUACACCGAGUCUAAGGCUUCGGGAAGGGCGCGGAACUGAGGCUGGGCUUGGUACCAUUCACUCUGCGCUUCUGUGAAGCCCAAGGCCUCCGUGGGGUCAAAUUCCGCUUCAUUCGGCGGCGGGAAGGUGAGGGAUCGCCGAGUUAUCUGCGGCGGGGAGUGACAUAUGGAGACUGAAAAUGAAUCUCUUCCGUUGGAGAACGCUUCAAUUCUGUCUGAGAGCUCCUCACAGGAGGGGCAUCGACUCUGGAUUGGCAAUCUCGAUUCUAGGUUAACUGAGUAUAAUCUUCUAAAGCUGCUGCAGAAGUUUGGAAAAGUGAAGCAGUUUGACUUCCUGUUCCAUAAAUCAGGUCCACUUGAGGGGCAACCUCGAGGUUACUGCUUCGUGAAUUUUGAGACUAAAGAGGAGGCUGAGCGAGCUAUUCAGUGCUUAAAUGGAAAACUUGCUCUCGCUAAGAAACUGGUGGUGCGUUGGGCACAUGCACAGAUAAAGAGAUAUGAUCAAUACAAAAAUGAUAAGAUUCUUCCGAUAAGUCUGGAACCAUCGUCAAGCACUGAACCAGUCCAAUCCACAUUAAGCAUUAGUGCAAAAAUAAAAGCAAUUGAAACCAAGCUCAAAAUGAUGGCUGAAAAUCCAGAUAUGGAGUAUAAAGGAGCCCCAACUUACUCGUACAAUAAGCCCACGGAAAAAGUGUUGGGUAACAGGUCACGGACUGCUCCCUAUUCUAAGUUUGCUCGUAAAUCCAAACGAUGACUGUGACAGGGACUUCUGUGCGAUCUUCCUCAUCAGAAUUUUUAAAGGCAUUGGCGGCACCGUAACAGACACCAAUUGCUGGACUGUGACGAUAUGAUAUAAUUUAUUUUUCUAAGAAAACAAAUUUAUCUUGUUUCGCUUUCUAGCAUAUAAUAUUCCAGUGUGGUUAUUAAGAUUCCACUUGAUGUCAGGUCUCCAUGCUGGAGAGCUGGUCCUCCAACCUGAGUGUCUGCUUUAACCAAGCUGUUUACAACUCAUGAUGUUGGCUGAUGUUAUUUUACUGUUUGUAGAGCAAGAAUGUUAUCAGAUUUGAUCAUCGAGGAUACUUCAUAAUCAUGUCACUUUUAUACUUGAGUAAACUUGCGAGUUUUCCACAAAAAGCCUUGGAUAUUGGAUAUCUUCAUCUUUCCGUGUUGUUGUGACACACAGAUGUAAAUCUGACAGCAAAGAAUAUCGUAGAAUUUUGUAUUAGCUGUGUUUAAAAUAGUGGAUUCCUGGUAAUUGGGAUACAUUGGAACCAGUACAUUUUGGCCCAAUUAAGCGGCUGCUCCAAUUAGCCAAAGUUUCAUGGAGAUACUUAAAAAGGUAUAAAAAAAGGCAAACUAUCAUUAAGCUGAGUAACAUUUUAUGUAUUUAAAUAAAAUACAGAACAAAUUAGAAUGCUAGAAAUACCAUUCAUCAUCAUCAUUAUGUGCUGUGUCGUAAGCUGUGGUCGAUCAUGGUCUUCCAUUUGUCUUUAAUCUGACCUCUUGUUGUUCUUAUCCUUUUCUCUAACCAUCACCAUGAUUGUUCUUGGCAAAUUUUUCUACAGAAGUGGUGUGCCAUUGUGUCCUUCUGGGCAGUGUCUUUACAAGACGAAUGACCCCAGCCAUUAUCAAUACUUAUCAGAGAUUGUCUGCCUGGUGUCAGUGGUCACAUUAGUAGGAUUUGUAAUGUGCACCAGAUCUCCCAUGACUACAUGUGACCUUGACUGGAGAGGCUACACCUUGCCCAAGGGUUAGCAGAGGGAGAACUGCCUUACACUCCUUUGGUAGAGUCAUGUCACCACCCUGCUACCUGAACUAAUACUAUAAAACUAAAUUAGUUUCUAAUUGUUAUUGUCGGAGGAAUUUGUUUGCUGUGCUCUUUUAAUUUACUAUAAAUGAACAAAAUUAGCGCAGGUACCUAGUGCAGAUAGUGGAUUGCCUUCAUACAAUGCUUUCAACAAUUGCAUCCUCCAAAUCUUCAUUUUCAUUGUAACAUUCAAGAUGACUGACGAUACCUUCAAAUUCUUGAUAAUUCCUAAAGUUGUUGAAGUAGUGAAAUUGUUCACUUGGCUGCUUCUGGCACCUCCAGGCCUGAAUGCUUGAAACCACAUUGAGCAAAAAAAGUUCUGAAUUGUCUCACUGCUUAUUUCUCACCAACUAUCAGUGACAAAAAUAUCACUGCUUUUUGAAGAAAAGCACAUUUAAAAAUUGUUCGCUGUAAACACGGUGUAGUGUCUAACAGCCACACGAGUGCACACAACUGACGCUAGUUAGAAACUGUUUGGCAACAGUCUUCCGGCCCAAUUAAGCAGUGUUGUGCCCAAAUGAACAAAGGGAAUCCCGGCUAUUUUCUCAAUUUAGUUUUUAUUAAGAGUUGUCUCAAAUAAGCCGCGGCCUCAAUUAACUGGAAUCCACUGUAAUUGUAAGAUAGUGUGAGUGGUAAAAUAGAUCAGGUUGUAUAUCAUAAACAUAGAUAGCAAAAGAGAAGAUCCAGGCAAUGUUCAGGGAGUUGAGUGUAGGAGGGAGAUACACUGUUCACGUUUCACAUCAUUAAUAUUUUGACAGAAUUGAAAAUGUUGGGAAAAACACAAGUUUUAAGAUGCAGAGAAAAACAGGGAGGUGGUGUACAAAAGGAAAGGCCCGGGAUAGGGAGGAAGACACAAGCAGUUCAAUGACUAACACAAGAGAUUCAGCAGAUGCUGAAAAUCUAGAGCAAUACACCCAAAAUUCUGGAGGAACUCAACAGGUCAGGCCGCAUCUAUGGUGGGGAAUAAAGAGGUCAGGACCCUUUAUCGUUGGAUUUUGAUCUUUAAGAGUUGUCCCAAAUAAACAGCUGCCCUGAUGAACCCAAUUAACCUAAUCCACUGUAAUGUGGUUAGUUAUCAAUCAGUCUGUGUAGCUGGACUCUGAAACAGCUAUUUGUUUCCCCUGUCACACACUGAAAUCUACAAAUGCAUUGUGGUUGGUGGGUAUAUUUUUUUAAAUGAAAGUAAAUUUUACUCAUCUGUAAUAAGAGCAGAUGAGUACAUAUUUCUAAAGUUAUAUACUUGGAGUCCAUGACUCUUGAGUCCCAGAUCGAGUCCUUCCUUCCUGUGCAAACCUGACUAAUACCUCACGUUUGCUCAAAGGGAUUCCUUGCAGAAUGUUAAAGAGAGAUCUUGCCACUAAUCAGCUAUGGUUUCCCCCUCGCAUGCAAGGGGGACACAAAACAAUUUAAACCGUUGGUAACAAAAUAUUUAGCAUACAGUAAUAUGAUCACGGACCAGUCAAGUAUUGUAAUGUGCAAACAUGAAGUCGUAAAUAUUUACAAAAAUUGAUACUGUCAUUCUAAACUGCCUUGGAGUUAAAUUGCUUCAUGCUUCAAGGGCUGAAGUUCUGAUCUUACCAUGUAGCCGGCCAGAUGUCUUAAACACGAUGCACAGCUUUGUGAAGACAGAGCCUUUCAUAUGUUAGCCAAGCCACUAAUUCAGUCUCAGGAACUGACUGGUCUCUUUUUUUAAAUACGAGCCACCCAGAGAGGUAAGAUUGCUUCCUUUUCUGCCCCCAAGACUUGGUAUACAAAUCAGGCCCAAAGUGACUCCAUAAUUCCCAGUUAUACUGAAGUUCUUAAACCUGUACAACUUGAAGGCAUAGCGGUUAGCUCAACACUAUUAAAGCUCGGAGUUUGGGGUUCAAUUCCAGCAUCUUCUAUAAGCAGGUUUGUGUGAUCCUUUCUGUGUGCACAUGGGUUUCCUCUGGGUGCGCUCUGGUUUCCUCCCAUAGUCCCAAAGAUAUACAGGUUAAUUGGUCAUUGUAAAUUGUUCUGUGAUUAGAUAGUGUUAAGUCAAGGGUUGUUGGGUGGUGAGGCUCCAAGGGUUGGAGGGGCCUGUUCAACACUCCCUCUCAAUAAUUAAAUAUUUUUAAAAAUCAUGAUUUUAAUUGGAAACCGUAUUUUGUGACUCAGUCCCUUUCUAAAGGUUGUGAAUCCAUGCCAAUGAUGGUAAAAUGUUAACAUCACUUCUUGUAUGAAAUUUGUUACUUAUACUUACAAUUGACCAUACUAGAGUCAAAAUCAGAUUGGACACAAGUGUGUUGGUGGCUUUUUUGUACAUUUUGUGACUGGUUUACCAGUUUCCUUUUCUGUACUGCCCACGUUGUCUUUUUGAGACUUAAAAAAAUAAACAUAUUUAAACAAA